AUGCAAUGGUCACCCCAAAAAUUACCUGUCAAGAAAGCUUUUGGAAGUUUUUUAUGCCAAGAUUUAUCCAUAAUGUCCAGUGACAACGAAUGGCAAACUUACACUAAAGACUCCAGAACAGUUUGUAAAUACGGUGCAAAAUGUUAUCAAAAGAACCCAGAACAUCACAGAACUUAUAAGCAUCCUCCAAAUUUGAAGAAUACAACUAAAAACAAGCGUGUUCAGCGCAAAUUCAGUCCUUAUACUAAGAAAAAUUCUGAAACUCAUAAUGACAAAAUACCGGAAACUAGCGAAGUUAAGUUGCAGGCCAAUAAUGAGAGUGAGAAUACUGAUAAAUCAAACCAUGCUGAAAGCUUACCUGAUACCCACAAAGUAAAUGUACAAGUGAAACUUCCAGAGAAUAUUGAAUUCUAUGGAAAGAACUGUAACCAGGACACAAUAAAAGAAUUGUUUUUGGUGCAUAUGCCUGAUGACUUUUACAAAUUUUAUGAAUGUAUGAAUAAAGAUGGGAAUGAAUGUGAGAAGUUAUUAGCUAGUGUGAAUUUGGAACUAAUUGGUCCUUAUGAUUUGCUUAAGGGAAAACUACCAAUUCUUGAUGAAAAAGAGUUGUACUUAAUACAUUGGAGAUUUUACUAUGAUCCACCUGAGUUUCAAACUGUAUUAAAAAAGAGAGGGUCUAGUCAAUAUCAUAUUGGUUAUUAUCGAGAUAAUCCUGAUGAGAAACCACAGUUUCUGGCUAGUAAUGACAGUGAGAAAGAUUGUAAGAUUACACCAAUUGCACACAAUAUCUUUGCUGCAGUGUAUUACUAUCUAGAAAAUGAAAAGAUGACAUCACCUUUUGUGGCUAUGGCUUGUCAAAAAUUAAUAGACAUAAUAAAAAAAGCAGCAGAAAAAUAUAACUUUUGUAUUGAAAAGUAUAAUGUUAAGGACAGGCAAGGAAAAAUUGCAACUAAAACACUACAUGGUGCAGGUAUAGUGGUACCUUACAACAAGAAAACACAGUUGGGGUAUCGGCGUUUGACUGAAUCUGAUGCAACUCUGAAAAAAAUAUUUGAUAAAUUGCAGAAUGCAGUAGACCAAGUUGAGAAAGAUGCAGCUCUUUCAGAUUUACAGCCAGUAAUAACGUAUGCCAAUAUUGCUGUGGACGAAUGUGAUUUUGGUACAGGUCUGGAGGCUGGGAUAGAUUUGUUUUGUUCUGGGUUGAAAGAAUUGGAAUCAAGUGCCUUGAGCUGCCUUAUGUCAGCCUACAAUCUUUUGAACAGAGAUGCAUUCAGCAAAAUAAUAAUGGCCCAUAUGAAAUAUCGACGCAAAGGAGCAAAGCUUUCCAUUCUAGAUUUUAACCCCCAUUUUACAAGACAUCUGGCUACACUCAGUUAA